AUGAAAUUACUUGCUCUGUCCGGGCUGCUGCUGUGUGCUCUUGUGUCAGUUACCACAGCGCAAACGACCAAGUCCCCUAAGAUUUUUGCAAUCCAGCAAGCUGCUGGUGUAAUUCUGGGGCAAAUGUCGGUUUUUCCCAGUGUCGUUAGCGAUAUUACCCAAGGCAAUAACGUACAGGCGAGUGUCAGCAAUGGGCUCAACGCUGUUAACAUAAUCAAAUCUCAAUACACCUAUUUCGACACGUCUUACACUGCAGCGGUGCCGACCACGUUACGCACAAAGCUGACUACAUAUUUUAAUAACUUCAAAACCGCCAUUACGAGUAUCGAAAAGUACCUAGGGGCAACUACCAUAUCUACCGCCAACCUUUCCACCGCACUGGACAAGGCUCAAAAAGAACUCAUUAAUUUGGGCAGUGUGGUCUAUCAACUGUAGUGUGUUCAUUAAGUGUUUGGAAUGUGUUAAUAA